CCCCUCCCUCAUUUGCACAAUUCGAGGAGACAAAUAGGCUACAAAUAUUCAUUGCAGUCAAAUACAACUCGACGGCUCGUUGGAACUUCCUCAAAGACAUGAAACUCAAGUUUCUUAUUCUUGGUGUGACUGCUCUAGCAAGCCUGCAGUUUUCUUUGGCAAAGAGUGCGGUCUGCAAUGGUAGAAGCAAAUGCUCGUCGUGUCAAUGCUCUGAUGUAGAGAAAUGCGAAAAUCAAAUCUUUUCUGAGAACGAGACAUCUCGAUUUCCUGAACAGCAGGUGUCUUCAUGCAUGAACUGCAAAUGGGUGUUAACUGUUGUUGACAACAAGCGAGUCAGACUUACGUUCUUACAAUUUGUUCUUGAAUCUGGAGACAAAGUCCGUAUUUAUGAUGGUAAUUCGAAGAAGUCUCCACACAUUGUUAGCUACAGAAAAGGAGAUAGUCCAACAGAUGUUGUGUCAUCCGGAAGUUCGAUGACGGUUAACGUUAUUACAGAUCGUUGUGGGCAGAAUCGUUUGAUAAUCGCAUCUUUUAAAGCUAUUGAUUGCGGAAAUCUGUUUUAUGUCAAACAAGGAAUAAGAAAAUCAGUGCAGAUUCAGUCUCCACGCUUUCCACAGAAGUAUCCGAACAACUUGGACUGCAUAUGGAUGUUCGUCAGUAGUGGCCAUUCACUGCUAUCAGCACGUGUCAACAUCGAGGUUGUCGGUACUGCAGGAUCAGGAGACAAACUGAUUAUUCAGAAAUCUCUGGAAGUGUCUAGAUCGGACAGCCAAGUGCAUGAGUAUUAUGGAAAAACUAAAAGAAACAAAGCAUUAACAUUUAGAAACACACCUGGAUUUAAAAUCAAAUUUGUUUCUGAUCGAGAAAAGCGGGGUAAAGGAUUUUCACUGAAUGUUGUUGUUCAUGCACACGGUCUUCAUUGUCCUAUCCCAAAAAGUUUUAGAAAUGGUUUUGUCAGUCUAAUAAAUUUUGGUAGGACUGCCAAAUAUGAUUGUUGUGAUGGGUAUAAACUCUACGGCAGUAAUAUGCGAUCUUGCUCUAACAGAAGAUGGACGCCAUCAAACACUCCUAUAUGCAAAUCUGUGAGUUUCUGCACUUUGCCGUCGAAUAUGAAAGUUUCCAAUGGAUCUACUAAUGUGGCAAUCGGAGUAGAAGUGAGACUCUACUGUACACGAGGAUAUAAGCUUUCCAAUUCGCUCAAAUUAUUGCCAGCAUUGUGUGAUUGCAAUGGCAAGUGGAACAUAACUACUAACCCAUCACCAUGCAAAGACUAUUUCUGUACCUCUCCACCUCCUCCGCCUACUCCAGGUGGUGUGACAUUGUUUGAAGAUGACAAGAACAUAGUAACGUUUCCUGUCGGAUCAAGAGUGAAUUACACGUGUCCGGACGGGUAUGGCUUAGAUGGCAUUCUUUAUCGCGUUUGCACAGAAGAUCUCGAUUGGGAGCCACAUUCUAAAAUUCACAAUUGUCAAAAAAACCUUCAAGUUUGUUUGGAUCCUGGAGUACCGGAGAAUGGAAUACGUAGAACAAAGUCGUUUGCGGAAGGGCGUCUCGCCUCAUUUAGUUGUAAACCUGGGUUUACAUAUCAUGGAACCGACUUGCGUACUUGUAAGGUUGAUGAGCAAAAUAACACAUUUUGGGAUGGCGAAGAAGGUUACUGUGAAAGCGACUUCAAGUCUCCGUUGGGUUUAGCAUUUCAACUGAAAGAAACGUUUACUGACCGUGUGGGGGCAUGCGUUAUCGACAAUUCUUUUUCCACUUCAACUGUUGAAACGCCAAUUGUUUCCGCUUCAACAGUUGAAUUAAAUUUGCCCAACGAGGCUGACAAUAAUCUUUCUGCGUCACCAGAUUGCAGAGGUCGUACAGUGGUUGUUGGAGAAGGAUGCAUUGAUCUAAUAUAUAUAGUAGAUUGCUCAAAAAGCGUAGGCGAAGAAAACUUUCAUAACAGUCUCGACUUCGUGGGUCGCUCGGCAGCGCUGUUUAAUAUCAACAACGAUACUACUAAAAAUGAUACUGCGAGAGUAGCUCUCAUCACUUACGACCACAAAGUGUAUCCCAUAUUUAAUCUGGGAGAAAAGGCAACUCUAGUUGAAACGAUUAACGCAAUAAACAAGACGAAGUUCUGUGGAGGUGCAACAGCAAUAAGGAAAGUAUUGAAAUUCGUUAUAGAAAAAGUAAUUCCAUUAGCAAGACAAUUAUGUAAAAUAAUCUUAUUUCUGUUUUCUGACGGUGUAAACAAUUGGGCAGGAGACCCAAUGAAAGAAGCAAAAGCCUUAAAAGAAGAGAAAGGCAUAGAAAUUUACACUAUUGCAUUCGGAGUUGGAGAAAAUAUAAGAGUUGACUCAAAAGCACUUGAAUCGAUCGCGACCAAUCCCAGUUAUCAUUUUAAAGUGCAAGAUGCAUCUUCCAUAAGAGAUGCAUUGAAGAAAGCAUUUACAACUAAAGUUGACUUUUGCAAAACUUGUGGUAGAGCUGUCGCUCCAAAAUGUAGAAACCAACGCAAUGGCGUGUGUCUUUCGGAAACGGGUGCGUGGCCUUGGAUGGUCGCCAUUUACAGGAUUGAACGAGGCAAUCCCGUUUUUCAUUGCGGAGGUGUGGUGAUUAGCGAACGUAUGAUUUUGACUGCAGCUCACUGCCUCUUUGGUCGCAACAUUACGGAACUCUUAGUUGUUGUCGGAGACACGCAGCGGUUUGUGAAAGAAUUUAGCGAAAAAACAUACAAAAUUAAACAAGUUUUCAUACAUCAGGAAUAUGAUCCAAUCUCUUUUAAUCGAGACAUCGCUUUGCUAAUGUUGUAUUGCGAUAUCACAUGCUCUCCAUAUGUACGAAAAGUUUGUUUGCCAACUGCAAACGACACUAUCUACUACCGUCCGGGGACCGAGUGUAUAGUAGCAGGAUGGGGAGCCACAGAAAGGAGAGAACUAGGCGGAAAUUCAAGCGCAAAAUCAACAGCCAUGAAAGAACUUCAUCUUCCCAUUGCAGACAAAACCAUUUGCAUAAACAGCACUUCUCCUCAAUUUCAAAGCGAUGUCACAAAUUAUACAGUUUGCGCUGGAGACGGCACUGGCAACAACGACGCUUGCGAUGGUGAUUCAGGAGGUCCUCUCUUUACUAAACGGAAUAAGGAAAAAGAGAUAGACGAUGACAGUUACGUUGUCGUAGGAAUAGUCAGUUGGGGGGAGGGAUGUGGACAGCCCAGAAAGUACGGUAUAUUUGCACACUUGCUGAAUCUGAUGGAUUGGGUCAAAAAUGUGAUGGACUUAAACAAAUUUCAGUUGGCUCCCGACGACUCAGAAGAGGAACACGGGAGACAUGCACCGAAAACGCAGCUGUACUGAUUUUAGUGCAACGCAUGCUAAAGAACUGACAGUGGUGAUAAACGCUUUGCGAUGAGUUGACGUAGAAAGUGUCUGCGGUUUCGUUAUGUAUGUUUAUGUCUUUGUGCAGCGGAUAUUGGUACUUGAAAUUGCGUCAGAAAUAUUGCUCUGACGUUAAGAUAGUUUAGAAAUUGGCAGCUGUACAAUAAACGUGGCAAUGGUGUUCAUCAAUAA